CAGUAUUUUCCUUCUAAGGCUAGUCUGUGCCCGUUUUCUUCUUACUAAGCACCAACACAGAGCAUGAGUCUCGUGACGCUAGCGCUGCUGUGCGUGGCGGUGGCUGCGCUGUGGGCGUACUCGAAAUGGCGCCACAGCUACUGGGCCUCGAGGGGUGUGCCGACGCCGCCGUACGUCCCUAUCCUUGGUCACAUGCAUCAAGCGCUCUCGAGGGAAGGGAAAUGGAAGUAUGAUUCAGUGGCUUAUCACAAAUAUGGCGGAUCGAAGUUUUGUGGACUGUAUGAAUUCUUUACGCCGGUCCUGCUGGUGGGGGAUCCGACCUCCUCAAACAUCCUCGUGAAGGACUUUGACCACUUCGUCGACAGAAUGACUUUAGCAUUGCCACACGAAAAAGACAAGAUGACGGCUCAAAUGUUGUCGUUAAAGAAAGGAGAAGAAUGGAAACAGCUGAGAGCCAUCAUGAGUCCGACCUUCUCUUCGGGCAAAAUGAAGGGAAUGUUUCCUCUUGUGUGUGAAAAGGCCGACGCCUUCGUCGCUUUCUCUCUCAAUGACUCGCGAGGGAAACCCUAUGUUGAUAUGAAAUACAAUUUUGGUCGCUUUACCAUAGACACUAUUGCCUCUUGCGCCUUUGGCAUCGAGUGCAAUUCACUUGUAGACGAAGACGCCGAAUUCCCCAAAAGAGCUGACAAAAUUUUCGAAGCAACUCCUUUCGAUAUUCUAAAAUUCUUAUUUAUGAAUACGUUACCUAGCCUAGCAAAGUUGCUCAACCUCCGGUUCACUCAUCCUGAAGCUGAUUUCCUGGAGGAAGUUGUAAGACACACAAUAAAGGAAAGAAUGAAAGGAGAAAGACGUGGGGAUUUCCUGGACUUACUCUUGGAAGCUCGCAAUCCUGAUGGCGCCGCCAAGGAAGUGAAAGGAACUGGAGUUGAUAGUACUACCAAGUCAAAAUAUCUGCUGGAUGACACCACCAUCGCCUCCCAGUGCCUGUUGUUCCUCAUUGCUGGCUAUGAAACCACAGCUACUACUCUAGGCUUUGCUGCCUUUCAGUUGGCUAAGAAUCCAAGUGCACAAGGAAAACUCCGUCAAGAGAUCCAAGAUUUGGUUCAUGAAGAAGGUGAUAUUACUUACCAAGGGGUCAUGGAAGCUAAAUACCUCGAUGCAUGUUUGAUGGAAACACUACGCCUGUUUCCUCCAGCACCAUUUAUAGAACGAAUAUGCACACGUGACUAUCGGCUUCCUGGCACUGACCUGACGAUCAAGGCUGGUGACAAAGUACAGUGCCCUGUCUGGAGUAUCCACCAUGACCCUAAGUACUGGCCCGAGCCAAAUGAGUUCCGUCCGGAGCGCUUUUUGCCCGAGAACAGGGCCAGCCAAAAGAACUUCGCCCACAUGCCUUUUGGAAUAGGACCCAGGAACUGCCUUGCCAUGAGGUUUGCCCUAAUGGAAGCCAAGGUUGUCUUGUCGAAACUGUUGCUUGCGGGAGAGCUGCACCCUGCACCAGGACACGAAGAAAUCGUGCUGGAGCCUGGAAUGGGUAUCAUUAGGGCCAAGGGUGGAGUCAAGGUUACCCUGAAGGCACUCUAGAAUUAAAGAAAUGGACGUCGGAUCCUCAGAGCUGUGUAAAAGAAACAACUUCCACUGCCAUUAAAGUACGGUGUUUGUCAUGCACUGCAACUCAUAUACAUAGUUUCUUUUUCUCUUUCGCUUGUCAAAUCACAGUGAAAGAACUUUUUCUUUUAAAGAAUACCUAGAAUUGAUUCACUAUACAAUGAAAACUUGUUGAACUCGUGAUAACAUAUCAUUAACAGUAAAAUAAAAUGAAUGC